AUGUCCCCACACUUCAUAAAGCAAAGUACUACAUUUGCAGCCCCCAUCGCUCUCACACAUGAGCAUAUUCUGUUGGCAGGAACCUCUGCGUCUAGGACUAUGGCUGGACAGGCUCAGCUCUCACUGGUUUUCCAGCAGUUUGGUGGUCUCCAUGAACCAAGUCACCUACGUGCAACUCGGUCCAGUGGAAGGAUGAGUUCUAAGCUCAGGGGAAUCCUAAGGUAUCCUCCAACAAGCUUGCGUCGGCUGGCGGUCAAGACAGAGGGACUAGAGGUUACUCUAAAAGGAGUUCUGAUGGAUGACAAAGUACUGGAAUUGUACUAG